AUGCUGGGCGUGGACAGGGGCGUGGACAGGGGCGUGGACAGGGGCGUAGACAGGGGCGUGGACAGGGGUGUGGACAGGGGCGUGGACAGGGGUGUGGACAGGGGCGUGGACAGGGGCGUGCUCCGCCCCCUCUCCAGCCACCUGGUCCGCAGUCCAUCCACCUGGUCCGCAGUCCAGCCACCUGGUCCACAGUCCAUCCACCUGGUCCGCAGUCCAGCCACCUGGUCCACAGUCCAUCCACCUGGUCCACAGUCCAUCCACCUGAUCCGCAGUCCAGCCACCUGGUCCUCAGUUCAUCCACCUGGUCCGCAGUCCAUCCACCUGGUCCGCAGUCCAUCCACCUGUCCACCCUACCCAGUCUACAUCUCCCCCUACCCAGUCUAUCCUACCCAGUCUACCAUACCCAGUCUAUACCUCCCCUACCCAGUCUACCCCUCCCCCUACCCAGCCUCCCUCUACCCAGCCUACCCCUACCCAAUCUACCCUUACCCAGCCUACCCCUACCCAGCCUACCCCUACCCAGCCUACCCCUACCCAGCCUACCCUUACCCAGUCUACCCCUACCCAGUCUACCCCUACCCAGCCUACCCCUACCCAGCCUACUCCUACCCAGCCUACUCCUACCCAGCCUACCCCUACCCAAUCUACCCUUACCCAGCCUACCCCUACCCAUUCUACCCCUACCCAGCCUACCCUUACCCAGCCUACCCUUACCCAGCCUACCCUUACCCAGCCUACCCCUACCCAGCCUACCCCUACCCAGCCUACCCCUACCCAGCCUACCCCUACCCAGCCUACUCCUACCCAGCCUACCCUUACCCAGCCUACCCCUCUCUAGGGUCCCUCCUGAUCUGUCAUCGGUAG